UUUCGCUAUUUUUUGUUGAAUUAUCAUAAAGAGUCGAAAAAUGAAUACAAAAUUAGAAGAUUUUUCCGAAGAAGAAAUAAGACAUCGAAUUCAAGAAGAAUCUAGUUUUUGUGACUUAAAGGGUUACAGUCGUAAAGACUUAGUUCCCGGUGUAACAAAAGUUUCAUUUCAAGUCACCUAUAACACUACAGGUCAUGUACUUUUUGGUAUUGCUACAUUAGGUAUAGCAAGUUUAAUUGUUGAAAACUCGAAAGUUCAUCAUAUUUUCUUUGAUAAUGCAUCUGGUAAUUGUAUCGGGCAAACUAUAAAUGAAGCCGAAUCAUAUUUUAAUGAUCAAUGUGAAAUCAGCAUUAAUAAUUAUGAUUUUUCAUCAGCAGAAAACUACUCUAAAAUAAAAUGUAGUUUAGGUCGAUCAAACGAGUCAAAAUUUAUAUAUGAAUAUCUAAGUGAUAAAAUUAGAGGUAAUUUUUCAAUUAAUGAAGGUCUUUUGCGUUUAAAUCAACCAGGAUCAUUGGUUGAAAGUUAUAAAUUAAUUAAAAAAGGAUAUGAUUCUUUGGAAAAUUGUAAUGAUAAAUCAAUUCAAGAGGCUCAGCAAAUAUUGAAUAUUGUACAAGCCCAAAUCGACGACGAAUUAUCUAAAGAUGAAAUCGAAUUAAUAAACAUUCCAGACUUUCGAGAAGAAACUGAAGAAAUAUGUUUAGAGUUAGAAAGCUUAAUUCAACUUCUUGGAUCCAGAGAACCUUAUCGUACUGGAAUAUAA